GAGGUAGCUGUCCAGAGACUGCCAGCCAGGGUGGAGGCUGAGGCCAGAGGGAACCCUGUGUCACUCCCAUUUGAGGAAGAAGAAAUCCAAGGACCAGGAAGGCUCUGAUUGCUCAAGGUCCUAGAGGCAGUUCCAGCUGGCAUGGCAACUCCAGCAUCUCUAAGAGCAGCAGGAGACCCAGCCCCAUGGGGGUCGCCCUAGACCUCCGACAGACCAACCAUCUGUGGCCCUGCCUGCCUGCUGGUCCUUAGGUCACUCACCAUGGGUGGCUGCUUCUCCAAGCCCAAGCCAGUGGAACUCAAGAUUGAGGUGGUGCUGCCUGAGAAGGAGCGGAGCAAGGAGGAACUGUCGGCUAGCGGAAAGGGCAGCCCCCGGGCCUACCAGGGCAAUGGCACAGCCCGUCACUUCCACACUGAGGAGCGCCUGCCAGCUCCCCACCCCUACCCUGGCCCUCAGGACUGCGUGGAGGCUGCCGUCUGCCAUGUCAAGGACCUGGAGAAUGGCCAGAUGCGGGAAGUGGAGCUGGGCUGGGGGAAGGUGUUGCUGGUGAAAGACAACGGAGAAUUCCAUGCCUUGGGCCACAAGUGCCCACACUAUGGCGCACCCCUGGUGAAAGGAGUGUUAUCCCGUGGCCGGGUGCGCUGCCCCUGGCAUGGUGCCUGCUUCAACAUCAAUACUGGGGACCUAGAGGACUUCCCAGGCCUGGAUAGUCUGCACAAGUUCCAGGUGAAGAUUGAGAAGGAGAAAGUGUAUGUCCGGGCCAGCAAGCAGGCCCUGCAGCUGCAGCGAAGGACCAAGGUGAUGGCCAAGUGUAUCUCUCCAAGUGCUGGGCACAGUGGCAGCACCAAUGUGCUCAUUGUGGGUGCAGGUGCUGCUGGCCUGGUGUGUGCAGAGACACUGCGGCAGGAGGGCUUCUCGGACCGGAUCGUCCUGUGCACGCUGGACCGGCAUCUCCCUUAUGACCGGCCAAAACUCAGCAAGUCCCUGGAUGCACAACCUGAACAGCUGGCCCUGAGGCCCAAGGAGUUCUUCCGUGCCUAUGGCAUCGAGGUGCUCACUGAGGCUCAGGUGGUCACAGUGGAUGUGAGAAACAAGAAGGUCGUGUUCAAGGACGGCUUCAAGCUGGAGUAUAACAAGCUGUUGUUGGCGCCAGGGAGCAGCCCUAAGACCCUGAGCUGCAAAGGCAAAGAGGUAGAGAACGUGUUCACUAUCCGGACGCCUGAGGAUGCCAAUCGUGUGGUGAGGCUGGCCCGGGGCCGCAAUGCAAUUGUCGUAGGAGCUGGUUUUUUGGGUAUGGAGGUGGCUGCCUAUCUAACUGAGAAGGCCCAUUCUGUAUCUGUGGUGGAGCUUGAGGAAACACCCUUCAGGAGGUUCCUGGGGGAGCGCGUUGGCCGUGCACUGAUGAAGAUGUUUGAGAACAAUGGGGUGAAGUUCUAUAUGCAGACAGAGGUGUUGGAGCUGCGGGCCCAGGAGGGAAAGCUGAAGGAGGUUGUACUGAAGAGCAGCAAGGUCAUUCGUGCUGAUGUCUGCGUGGUGGGCAUUGGUGCGGUGCCUGCCACGGGUUUCCUGAGGCAAAGUGGCAUUGGUCUGGAUUCCCGAGGCUUCAUCCCUGUCAACAAGAUGAUGCAGACCAAUGUCCCAGGUGUGUUUGCAGCUGGUGAUGUUGUCACCUUUCCUCUUGCCUGGAGGAACAAUCGGAAAGUGAACAUCCCACACUGGCAAAUGGCUCAUGCCCAGGGGCGGGUGGCAGCCCAGAACAUGCUGGCUCAGGAGGCGGAGAUCAGCACGGUGCCCUACCUGUGGACUGCCAUGUUCGGCAAGAGUCUGCGUUAUACGGGCUACGGAGAAGGCUUUGACGACGUCAUCAUCCAAGGGGAUCUAGAGGAGCUGAAGUUUGUGGCUUUUUAUACCAAAGGUGAUGAGGUGAUCGCUGUGGCCAGCAUGAACUAUGAUCCCAUCGUAUCCAAGGUGGCUGAGGUGCUGGGCUCUGGUCGUGCCAUCCGGAAGCGGGAGGUGGAGCUGUUCAUGCUGCACAGCAAGUAUGUGUGUCCUCUGUCCUUAUUAUUAACCAUUCUGAACCUUUCCCACUUCAGCCCCAGAGCCUCUACUCAAUGAUCUACUCCUCUCUGUCCAAGUACAUUUCCCUGCUGGGCACCAAGGACAGAGCAGACCACUCUCUAUUCUCAAGAGUCAGCUGCUAAUGGUGCCCAGAGCAGGGAAACUGCCUUCUUCUUUCCUUAUCCUAUCUCUCCUCAUUCCUGCAGGACUGGCGACAUGUCUUGGCUCACAGGGAAAGGAUCCUGAGUUCGAGUGUAGUGGACUUGGGCAGGCAUGCUGGGGUACAAGGAACAAAGGCUAAGCCUUGGGGGCAGGUGCCAAUCUCCAGUUUCCCAGCAUCCCGCAGGGCAGAAUUUGAGCCCUCCCAAUGCUUGCCUUUGGCUGCCUGGAUCCCUUCCAGGAUGGCCUCUGCUGCCUCCAGAAGAUGCUCACCCAUCAGGGCCUCAGCUGCCACUGACAUCUGGCACUGGAGGUGGGACAGGCCCUGUCUCUUUUCCCUCUGUUGGGACUGGUCCCCUGGAGGACCCUGCAACAUGUUAGACAUUAUCUUAAAAUUAAAAUGCACACAUUUGCAGA